GAAGUGGAUAUGAAUUGCAACACUAUAUACAAGUUUAUUUUGGUGCGUAUUUGUCAGGCGCGCAAUGACACCUUUCCCCUUAUGUACAGCCGCGCGCUCUUUGCUAAAGUCUUAUCGACACAGAGCAGUGUUAAAAACGGUCCAGGGACUCAGAGUGUGGGAGUUCAGAAACAUGUAUCCAUGUACUUCCAUCGCAGUGCACAACAGCAUGGAGGAGAUCCUGAGAAAGACAGUGGCCCCAUUGCCAACCUAUGAGAUGAGAGACAAAUCUCCACCUCCACCUGAAUCCAACAGUCUGGAGUUCAUGCACUUCUACAAGAGUUUAGAAAAAGAGCAAAAGCUGGAGUUUCUCGAGAAGCUGUCACAUGAUUUCGGGGUAGAUCACAGAUGGGCUUCGGAUCUGGCUGCGAAGUUGCUGGACACUCAGGGGCGGGAUGUGGCCACCAUCCUGCAGGUGGAGGACAGGUUACGGUACAGUUUAACACCCCGGUACCGACAGCUGCUCACGCACAUCAGCAAGGUUCAGGGCGGAGUGAAGUUUCUGGUGGACCUCAGGGCAGAUCUCAUCGAGUUCGCGUCCUCAAAAAUUAGUGACAGCCCGCAUAUGAGGGAUCUGAACAGCACUCUGAAGAGUCUUCUGUCAGAAUGGUUCUCUGUUGGGUUACUUCGACUGGAAAGAAUCACUUGGCAAUCCCCAUGCGAGAUCCUUCAGAAGAUCAGCCAGUAUGAGGCGGUCCAUCCUGUACGGAACUGGACGGAUAUCAAACGCAGAGUGGGGCCGUACCGGAGAUGUUACGCAUUCACCCACGCCUCCAUGCCUGGAGAGCCACUGGUGGUGCUGCACGUUGCCUUAACUGAGGACAUAGCAAAUAAUAUCCAGGGAAUUGUAAGAGAGUUUUCCACUCUAGAUGCAGACGAAGAUGUUAACAAGAUCAAUGCGUCCAUCUUCUACUCCAUCUCCUCCACUCAGGCCGGAUUGCAGGGGGUGGAGCUUGGAAACUACCUCAUCAAGAGGGUGGUCCGAGAACUGCAGAGUGAAUUUCCUCACAUGGCCCAGUUCUCCAGUCUGUCUCCCAUCCCCGGCUUCUCAUUAUGGCUACUAGGGGCUCUCGGUCAGCACAAGAAGGAGGGACGUGCCAUAGAGCUCCUGUCUGAGAAGGAGUGGAGGGAGUUGGAGGAUGUGACGGGAGCCGCCCCCGGUGCCCCAGCUCUAGAGGCCCUGCGCAGGCUCAUCAGCACCAGCGAGUGGACCCGCUCCGACCGCCUGGUCCGUGCUCUGGAACCUGCGCUAAUGCGGCUCUGCGCCUGGUAUCUGUACGGAGAGAAACGGCGGGGCUACGCCCUAAACCCUGUGGCCAACUUCCAUCUUCAGAAUGGCGCCACCAUGUGGAGGCUGAACUGGCAAGCGGACACAAGCCCACGAGGGAUGGCUAACUCUUGCGGCAUAAUGGUUAAUUAUCGCUACUUUUUACAAGAGACCAGCACUAACAGUGCCGCCUACCUGCAGAAUAAAGUCAUCAAGGCUUCGGAGCAGGUGCUGCAUCUAGUGUCGCAGUUCCAGAAGAACAUCAAAUUCUGAGUCAAAUCUGUAGCUCUGUGCUGGAACAAAAUGUGUUGGCACUCAAAUUAAUUUGUAUCAUUUUUGAUAACUCUGAUCUGCACAGGGUGGACAAACACAAUGAAGAUUUAAACGAGCCUUAUGUGGAUCCACGACUGAAACCAGCAAGUCACAUUUCAUUGUUUGUUCAGAGAUGGACAGUUGUACUCUGCCUUUCUGAAAGAUAAUAAUCCAAUAAAUCCGAUUCUAAAGGGAUAGUUCACCCCAAAAUGAAAAUUCUGGCAGCAUAUACAAACCCUUAAGUUGUUCCAAACCUGUAUGACUUUCUUUCUUCCUCAGACAAUCGUCAUGCAGAGUUUUCAUCCAGCAGAAGUUCACAGUGACAAAAUAAUGUCAUAGAUUAAACAUUAUUAAAUGUAUUAAAAUAGUCCAUAGGAUUUAUCCAUUAUAUUCUGUGAAGCCAUACAACUUUUUGUAAAGAAUAAAUUGAAAUUGAAAUCAUUAUUUGCUCUCAAAAUGUUCAUGCAAAUCACUUAUGAAUAUUUAGCACUUAUGGCACAGGUUUGAUGGCAUUACAUGCAAGAACCAAUGACAUUUGAUGCUAUUGAUGCACAAACUGAAUAUUUGAUUUGUGAGCAAUAAUGACUUAAAUAGCUUGUUUUAUAAUAUUAAGCUAUCUUAAGAAUACUUUAAGUAUAGUACACAAGUUAUACGGACCACUUUCUUUUAUGAACUUGAUCACUACUGUUGUAUAUGUAGUACACACAUAUAACUAGACUAUAGCUUAUAUUUUGAGAAGGCCUUCUCUGAUAAUAAUGACAAAUUGCAGUUCUGUAUGCAAGUCAGAAGUUUAUUCAGUAUUCUGAAAGAUUCAGAGUUCAUUCAAUGAUGGAAUGGUUCAAUCUGUAAUUCAUAAGGUUGACUUUAAAAAGAAUCAGUUCUUUUAGAGAGUCAUUUGCUCAUGAAACAGCAUUUGUUCAGAAAUCAGGAUACUCUGUAUUGUGUUUUUUUUUUUUGCAUGCAGCUUGGAACAGAACUAGACAGAAAGAUUUUCUCACCAUUAUUUUGGCGUAUGGAUACAGGAAUUGGGGUUUUGAUAACUAUGUAAAAACUAUUAAAUAUAUAAAAUUCAACUUUAAAACAUAUUAAAUAUUCAUUUUAAGUGAACUAUCCUUUUAUCACGUUAACUAUGAUUACCCAGCAUGCUGCUUGGUGAUGUUACAAAGAGAUUUCACCUAAUUUUUUUAAUGUGUGCCAAAUCUCCACUAAUUUCAAUCAAGAAAAGGAUAAUCUUCCAAAUGAAUCUAUUUUUCUUAGUCCUUUUCAGCAGCGCUUGAGCCUCUGUUUGAUUAGCCGGUUGCUGAUUUUGAUGUAGACUUAUGCUACACUUUGAAAGACUGGGGGUAAUGAAGCGGGAAGAAUCUAUCAGCCUCUGUCAUGUCUUUGCCUUCUCAGCGUGUGUACGCAAGAAAGCGUUCCAGUGCGACUGAGUGGAAGCUGCUGUAAUAAAUGAUGUUUUGAUUCCUUCAUUAGCGUGAGCUGAUUCACUGUGAAACGGCUGUCUGUAUGUAAAUGUGUCUGAAUAUGCCAGCUAAAAAUGUUUAUUUAUGAAUUAAAAUUCUGCUUAUCUUCCAAAAA